CAGGAGAGGAGAGGAACGGAGCGGAGCGGAGCGGGCUGCGCCGGGCUGUCCCGCUCCGCACUGGGCGGGAACGCCAGACUGUCACAGAAACAGACAGUCCUAACACCUGAAAGCUGAAAUCUGGGACUGCCAGGAGGGCUGCUUAACUGAGGACAACAGGAUCAGGACCCUCCUUGCCCGGGAAGUCACCAAUGGACUGUGGACACUCAGCUGGCAGCAGCGAGGAGAUCUCCAGCCCGGGCGCAGAGCCCGAUUCCCUGCUAUCUUCUGCUGCCGGUGGCAAUUCCUGCCCUCCCUUGGUGGGUGCGCAACGGGUUGGGGCACCCCCGGGCCGACCUGCGGCCGCCAACGCCGCUCGGGAGCGCAGCCGGGUCCAGACCCUGCGCCACGCCUUCCUCGAGCUGCAGAAGACUCUCCCCUCGGUGCCGCCCGACACCAAGCUCUCCAAGCUGGAUGUGCUCCUUCUGGCCACCACCUAUAUCGCACACCUCACUCGCAGCCUGCAGGAUGAGGAGGAGUCACCGGGAGAGGGCUUGGGCACCCUCCGAGGGGAUGGAUACCUCCACCCCGUCAAGAAGUGGCCCAUGCGUUCCAGGUUAUACAUUGGAGCCACGGGACAGUUUCUGACUCACUCGGCACAAGGAGACAGCGCAAACCAUGGGGAAACAUCAACAACUUCACAAAUCUAAUCUCCCUUCUUGCUUUUAAAAAAAUUGUUAUUUAUUACAACUUAUAUAUUUAAGUUAAAAAAUAAUAUCUAUAGACAAACUAUAAUUCCUGAAAUACUGUUUGUGGAGGAGAAUGAAUUGAUUCUU